UUAAAUAGUUUGCGUCAGAAAAGUACGGGAACGUACUUAUAUAUCGCUUUGUUUCCACGUGAAAAUUUUUGACAUUUUCUUGUCAAAGAUUGUUGUUAGAAGUGUUUUGCGGUUAUUUGUCAGUAUAAUUUUAGUAAUAUUUUUAAAUUAAAAAGAAAUGAAUCAAAAACAAAAUAAUUGGAAUCGUGGUGGAAGAGGUGGCAACAGAAGAUUUGGUGGCACUAGAUCACUAGGUAAUUAUAAUAAUGUCGGCAGCCAUUAUAAUAAUGCUCAAGAUGACAAUCAGAGAUCUGGUAGCUGGGGCAAUUUCAAUCGUCCUCAUGAUAACAACGGGAACCACGGCAAUAAGAACAAAAAUUUUGAUAAUAGGAAUUUAUCAUCUUUAAAUGACCAAGAUGGCAGUUUUGAAAAGUUCCGGGAUCCGUAUGGUCAAAGGCAAAAUAACAACAACAUGAGAUCAAAAUUUCCACAAGAUCGUGGUCAACGUAACAGGGGAAGACGAGGAGGAAAGCAUUUUGAAAAUGAAACGCCAAAAUCUGGGAAACUUUGGUUUGAAGACAUAAACGGUUCUGAGCGAGGACAAAAUGAGAGCCUUGUACAAAAUUUUACUGUCGCUAAUUCUUCGCCAACUAUCAAAAAUGUACCAGAGGUUGUGUCGUCCGCCAUAGAUACUCAUGUAAAUUCCCCAGCGAUCAAUGAGACAAAUCAGAAUAGUUUUCCGUCAAAGCCGGAAUCGGAAAAAGAACAGCCUCUUAUUAAAAACAUAAAACAAGAGCAAAUUGAAAAAAAGGAGGCUAAACGUAAUUUGAAACCACCCACCUCUUCUAGUUCUUCGGAAUCAUCUUCAGAAAGUGAAAAUGAACUACCGAAAAAGGAAAUUAAUAAAACAAAGGCAUUUAAAGUAAAGACAGAAACACCCGUAAAGCAAAAUCAGAAAAAUAUAAAAAAUAAAUCAUCCUCAAGCUCUUCAUCUUCGUCAGAAGAAGACGGGGAAGAUAGCACUAAAACAUCGACGGUGCCAAACAUAGUAUCUAAAGCAAGUGUGGAAAAAUUAUCUAAAAAUACAAAGAAGCAAAUGGGUAAGAAAUCUUCAGAAGAAGAUCUAAUUUGCCUUGGUAAAUUAGAAAAAAAAUUUGUAAUUGAAGAUGAUGUUUCUGAAGCAGAAGGAUCAGAACGAACCAAAGCUGCUGCAUUAAAAAAUCAAUGUUUGAUAUGUGAUAAACAGGGUCACACUGCUUUUGAAUGCCAGAUGAUUUGUAAGAAUUGUUCGGCCCCAUACCAUAAUAUGAAAAACUGUCCUCAACCGGCAAAUCUGUCUACAAUGCUGCUAACUUUUAUGGAUUUCUGUAUGAAACAAGUUGGUCAGUUUAACCCCGAGCAAAAAUUUGUUUUACCCAUGGGUGCUAAGACAAAUGAAAACCCCCUCCCCAUGUCGGAAACAGGUCUCAAGAAAAUAAGCAAAAAAAGUCGAAGUAAAUCGAGAGAACCACUAAAGAAAACUGCUCAACGAAAACGCCGGCAUACCUCUGAUUCCAGUGAAGAAGAAGAUGAAGCUAAAAAUAAUGAUACAGAAGAAGAUACGUCUGAAACGGAAACUGAAAGUGAUUCAAGCGAAGAAGUAGCAGUACCGAAAUCAAAGAAAAAACGUACAAAGGCGCCCGUCCGACAGAAACCUACCGAUUUCCCCAAUUCGUUUGUGCCACCGUUUUCGUCGUUUCCUGCUUUCGGUGCAGCAGCAGCUGCUUACAACCCAUUACUAUUAGGUCAACUAAUGCAUGGCGCAACUUUUCCCACACCCCAAAAACCUAAUUUUUAAAUUGGUAAUCCUCUCUGAGGCAUAAAUACUUUACAAAUACUUCUACUAGACGUAUACGUAUGUAUGUAGAUUUGUACAUUAAAAAAAAUAGAUUUUAUUCAAUAAAUCAAGUUAAGCUAAGUAAAGAUAACUUCAAUGUAAUAUGUAGAAUAUUGGUCGAUUCUUGGGGAGGAUAUCACCAACUAAUUAUGAAGUCAGAUGUCUGUUUGCACCGCAAUAGCCGAGUAUUUAGCGUUGCGCACUAACAUUCGCAGGAAUAGAGAUCCCAGUCUCUGGGCGACCAAUUGUUUUAAUUUUGGUCGCAUUCGG